AUGCUCUUUGCCUCUCUUAUUGUGACCUGCUUUAGCUUGCUAGCUGCUGGCUCACCACUGCAGUUCCCAUUGUUAUCUGAACUCUAUCAAUAUUCUCCAGACCAUGAUCUCUCAAAACCAAAAAUUGAUCAAUUGUUUGAGCUUCAUAAGCUAUUGGUGCAAAUCCCGUCGGUUUCUUAUAGUGAAUAUGAAGUUUCCACUAAAUUAGCCGAUUACCUCAGAUCUCAUCAAUUGAGUGUUGAUCUUCAAAGAGUUGCUGAGAACAGAUACAAUGUAUUUGCUUAUAAGGGUUAUCAAAAUGACACAAAAGUGCUUUUAACAAGUCACAUCGAUACUGUACCUCCAUUUUUCCCUUAUAAAAUUUCAAAAUAUGGGAAAAGAAUUUAUGGGCGUGGAUCUACUGACGCUAAAGGAUCUGUUGCUGCACAAGUUAUUUCAUUCCUAGAUCUACUUGAAAAUGGUGAUAUUAAAGAAGGGGACUUAUCUUUGUUAUUUGUUGUUGGUGAAGAAAAUGGUGGUCAUGGUAUGCAAUAUGUAAAUUCAAAUAUUGAUUACCACUGGGAAACCGUUAUAUUUGGUGAACCUACUGAAAACAAAUUAGGUGUUGGUCAUAAAGGUGGUUAUGGUGGUGUCUUGAAUGUCACUGGACUUGCUUCUCACUCUGGCUAUCCAGAAUUGGGGAUCAAUGCAAAUACUAUUCUUGUUGAAUUUUUAUCAACCUUGUUGAGCCAAAAGUUACCUUUCGAUGAUUUAUUAGGUAAUUCAAGCUUGAAUAUUGGAGAAAUAAAUGGAGGUGUUGCUGCAAAUGUCAUUCCAGAUCAUGCACAAGCUAUUCUUUCAUUUAGAGUUGCUUCUCAUUUGAAAUUUUUCCAAGAUUUGAUACCUGGUUUGAUCAAAGAAAGUAAAUAUAGAGAUAGAAUUGAAUUCUUCUCAACUAUUGGCAAAGGACGUGGCCCUGUUUUCUUUGAUUAUAAAAUUGAUGGGUUUGAAUCGAUUGUCUUGGGUUAUGGAACUGACGCUUUUUCACUUUCUAGGAAACAAUUAAAAAAUAAGAUUCUUUACGGUCCAGGUUCAAUUCAUGUUGCGCAUGGGGCAAAUGAAUUCGUCUCAACAGAUGAUCUUAUAAAAGCUGUGGAAGACUACAAAAAAUUAGUAAAAUAUGGAUUGAAAUAA